AUGAGCACGAAUAACAUUAACGCGCCGGCAUCAUCCACAGCAGCAACAACAACAACAACUUCAACUCCAGUGAAUGAUAACAAUACUACCCUUCGUACUAGUGCUACUACCACAUCAACUACGACACCACCGACUUCAGCAGUUCGUGGCAGCGCCGUGGCACCUCUGAAACCAGUGUAUCGAUUGUUAUGCAAACAUUGUCGGACCAUCGUAUGCGCCCGCGGGAUGCGAGCAAUUCUGUUGGCUGACACCAAGAUUGAACUAUACAGUACUGAUAUACCUGCGACAUCGAUCCAGUUAAUGGACAAGGACUAUCUUACACGAACGUGUCACUGUCGUAUCCGUGAUGUCGCGUGUCGAGAUUGUGGCAACAUUAUUGGUUAUCACGUCGUUGCUCCUUGUCAUCGAUGUCUUCAAGCAGGAAACAAUGGUCAUUUCUGGAUGUUUCAUUCAGAUGCAUGCCAGCCGCAAGAGCGCAAAGAUAUAUCAGGAAAACGGACUGUAUUGUGGAAUAAUCUUCCUCGUGCAGAACAAGAUUUCGAUUUUUUGAUGGGCACGACGAUUCCUUAUGAUCAAAUGUGCCGAUAA